UUCUUUACCUUUCUGAUUAAUGAGAAAAAGUAGACCAUUUCCUUUUACAAGAUUCAACAUGGUAUCAGAGGAGUCAAAAUCUUGAUUCUCUCUCUUACUUUCCCAAUUUCGUUCUAGGGUUUCCUCUCAAAACUUCCGCUCUCUUCGACUUUCCUUCGUUCUCCUUCAAUGGCGACUUCGUCGGCGCAAUCAUCUCAGGCGACUGCGAAUUUCUCGUUCGUGCCUCCCGCCGGAUUGCUCGAUCCUAGUCACCCCUACUUUCUCAAUCCCGGAGAUAAUCCGGCGUCGGCGCUCGUCACCGUCGUCUUCAACGGCAACAACUACUAUGCAUGGGCGAGAUCGAUGCGUCUCGCGUUGCUGGCGAAGAAAAAGCUCUCUCUGAUCGAUCCCGCCGUCGCGCCACCGUUUCCUGGCGAUCCUCUUCACGGUGCUUGGGAGAGGUGCAACGUGAUGGUUCUUGGCUGGAUCUACCGCUCCUUGGCUCCAGACAUCGCACACAGUGUUCUCUGGUUCGAUUCGGCAGUCGAGGUGUGGAGAGAUCUUCAAGAUCGGUUCAGCGAAGCAAGUCUGAUUCGGAUCUCAGAUCUCCAGGAUGAGGUUUUUGCUUUCAAGCAAGGAGCGGCCACAGUCAGCGAGUACUUCACAAGAUUUCGCGUUCUUUGGGACGAGUUGGUGACUAUCAGGCCGUUUCCUGCUUGCUCCUGUACUCCGAGGUGCUCCUGUGGUGCUCUCAACGUCGUUCGUCUUCAUCAGCAGUCCGAUCAGAUCAUCCGCUUUCUGAAAGGUCUCAAUGACUCUUUCUCUCAGAUCCGAAGCCAGAUCUUACUCAUGGAGCCGCUUCCUCCAAUCACUCGCGUCUUUUCCAUGGUGAUUCAGCAUGAGCAACAACUCCAUUCCUCUAGUGCUCCUUCGGUGGUCACUCCGAUGGCUAUGGCUGGGCGUUCCUCUGGUCCGAGUCAGGGUCAAGGUCGUGGUGCUGGUCAGAAGCAGAGACCUGUCUGUACUCACUGUGGUGGCGUCGGACACACGGUGGAUCGUUGCUUCAAGAAGCACGGUUAUCCGCCGGGCUACAAGGGCAAAGGCAAGGUCAACGCUGCGAUUGCUGAUGAGCAGGCUCCGUCAUCUGCUGGUGUUCCUUCUGGCGAGUCAGUCGUUCUUACCUCAGAGCAGUAUCACACACUGCUUGCUCAAGCUGGAUCUGCAUCAGCAUCGAGCUCUGUCUCUUGCCUCAUGUCUGGUCAGCCGAGUUCCAGCUCUGUUCAGCCGAGUUCCAGUUUUGAUCAGCCGGGUUCUAGCUCUAUCCAGCCGAGUUCCUCGGGUCCUGCUGCUGUCUCUACUUCUCUGUGGACUCAGCCUAACCAGCUAGCAGCCUAUGCUGCAUCAGGUAAGUAUACUCUUGCCUCUAUUCCUCCAGAACGGUUAGGUGCGUCUAUUAAUACAUGGAUAAUCGAUAGUGGUGCUACCGAUCAUGUGGCUUGUUCGUUAGACUUGUUUGUUGAUUUCACACCCUUGAGUGGUAUGUUUGUGACUUUGCCUAAUGGUUCUCGUAUAGCUGUUACACACAAAGGGUCUGUGAGGUUGUCUAAUACAUUAACUGCUUGAUUCAGGAUAUCCCGUCCCGGCAGAGGAUUGGUAUAGCUAAGCAGAUUGCCGGGCUGUACUACCUCGAAGUCGAAUCUGGACGAGAUUCUUCCUCUUUACCCCUUCCUAUUACUUUGUCUGCUGCAUUUGACACUACUAUAAGACACUUUGAUAAAUGGCAUUAUCGUCU